CUUGCAUCACAUUUUUCAUUAUCAUACUGCUGCUGCUAUUUAUAUAUUAUAAAAGUUUGCAAAAUAAGAUUUAAAUAAAGUAACAACUUCAACAAAGUCCGAAAAUCAUUACUGCUUGCAUUAAACCAUAUUUUCUAGAAUGAUGUUGAUAACUAAUUACUAAAUCUGAGAACCAAGUCUAAUUUAGUCAACUAUUGCAUAACUGACUAAGUCAAAGUACUUUUGUUGAUUUGUCAAUCAUCAAAGUUUCCAUUUUCCACCGAGAAAAUUAGAACAGUAAACCCGUUUACUAGUUAAGUGGUGUUGGAAUUUACCACAUGGUGUUCACAACUUCACAUCGAUUAAACCUUAUACAAAAUUGGAGUCAAGUUAGUGCAUAUGCGUUUGUAAAUGAUUGGUUGAUUUGUUGCUAAUUUAUUUUGUUGAAAUGGAUAAAUUGGUAGUCCUCGUACGUAGUCUCUUCAACCACGAAAUGAAGGAACACUUCAUUCUCUUCAACCAACCCAUUUCAUCUAAUUUUCUCUAUGUUCUGUUUCUUCUCUUAGCACUUUUUCACAACUCAUUAGCUUCUCUUGAUCCCCAUUACUUGGCAAAAGGAGAAACUUUAUUUGUGGAAAAUCACGACACAAAAUUCAUCACAUCCCCAGAUGAUACAUUUACCUUUGGCUUUUACAAAACCGGAAACAAUGCCUUUUCAUUGGCAAUCUGGUUCACGAAACCGAAAACACUAGUUUGGAUGGCAAACAGAGAGAAGCCCGUUAAUGGAGUUGGGUCAAAGGUUUCAUUGGGGAGCAAUGGAGCAAUGGUCUUAACCGAUUUCGAUGGCACGGUUUCAUGGGAUACAAACACCACUUCCACUGACAUUGCUCGAGCUGAGCUCCUGAAUUCAGGCAACCUCGUACUUAAGAACUCAAGAGGUGAUGUAAAGUGGCAGAGCUUUGAUUAUCCAACAGAUACUCUGUUGCCUAAUCAGAACUUUACCAGGAAUUCCAGGCUAGUGUCUUCCUCGCGGAAUGGAAGCUAUGAUCCUCGCUACUUCUCCUUGAAAUUCGACAGCGAUAACGUUUUGAGGUUGAUUUACGACGGCCCUGAAAUUUCCAGCAUAUAUUGGCCUAACCCUGAAGAUACCGUUAGGGACAAUGGAAGAACGUCCUACAACAGUACCAGAAACGCCGUUCUCGACGAUAGGGGCUGGUUCUUGUCAAGUGAUGGGCUGAAUUUCAAAACAAUCGAUAUGGGUUUCGGGAUCAAUAGAAGGAUGACACUUGAUUAUGAUGGAAAUUUAAGAGUGUACAGCUUGAAUAACUCGACAGGAUCAUGGCAGGUUUCAUGGCAAGCUCUAACAAACCCGUGUUUAAUCAGAGGGUUGUGUGGAGAAAACGGGAUUUGUGUAUUUUCUUCUCAGCCUAAAUGUUCAUGUCCCCCUGGAUAUGUGGUUAAUGAUCCUAGUGAUUGGAGCAGGGGAUGCAAGCCCACCUUUGAUCUCAGUGGCCAGAACAAUCAGCCAAUGAAACUCGUGAAGAUUCCGGAAAUAGAUUACUUUGGUUACUUUGAUAUAAAUCAUACCGCCUCCAUUUCAUUGGAUGUCUGCCAGAAAAUUUGUCUUGAGAAUUCCAAUUGCAAAGCAGUGAUUUUCAGGGAUGUGGGUUGCUACCCAAAAAGCGCGCUUUUCAAUGGCCUACCGGCCGGUUACGCAACUUUGUUCCUCAAAGUCCCUCAAAAUCUAUCAGUCUCGGAGCCGGUAAAACUUGAGGGCCAUCCAGCAACAUGUGAAUUCAAUCCAAGAGUAGUGGAAGGUAACUCGACUUUGCAUCUUAGAGGGACAAGAAGGGUUAUAUGGAUCUACCUUUACUCAUUCUGUUUCGCUCUUUUGGGCAUUGAACUUGUGUUUGUUCUUCUGGGGUGGUUUUUCCUGUUUAGGAAAAGCAAUGUUUCUGAUACAAUUGAGCAUGGAUAUGAGAUGAUUGCCAGCCAAUUCAGGAGAUUUAGCUAUGAGGAACUGAGGAAGGCUACUAAUAAUUUCAGCGAAGAACUCGGGAAAGGAGGCUCGGGAGUUGUUUACAAAGGUGUACUAUCUGAUGGAAGGAUGGUUGGGGUAAAGAGAUUGGGAGAUGUUCUUCAGGGGGACGAGGAGUUUUGGUCAGAGAUGAACAUUAUAGGAAAGAUCAAUCACAUGAAUCUUGUAAGAACAUGGGGAUAUUGUUCUGGAAAAAAGCACAGGCUCUUGGUUUACGAAUAUGUCGAGAAUUCUUCUUUGGACAAACAUUUGUUCAGCAAGAAAAGAUUUCUGGGAUGGGAACAAAGGUUUGCAGUGGCAUUCGGAACAGCCAAAGCUCUGGCUUAUCUGCACGACGAGUGUCUCGAAUGGGUCAUUCACUGCGACAUAAAGCCUGAGAACAUACUUCUAGAUGGCGAUCUUCAGCCCAAGAUUGCUGAUUUUGGCCUUGCCAAGCUUUAUCAGAGAGGAGGAGGAGGGUCCGGGUUAGAGUUGUCAAGAAUUCGGGGGACGAAAGGUUACAUGGCGCCAGAAUGGGCUCUAAACCAACCGAUAACAGCGAAAGUUGACGUAUACAGCUAUGGAAUUGUGAUCUUGGAGAUUGUCAGUGGAAUCAGGCUGUCAAACUGGACCAUGAAUCGCAGAACAAAUCAACUGGAAACAGAGCUGGCAAAAUUGACGCGGAUAAUUAAGGGGCAAGGAGAAGAGUCCUGGAUAGAAAGAGUACUGGAUCCAAGAUUGAAAAGAAAAGUUAGCAAGAAACAAGCUAUCACCUUGAUCAAGGUUGGCUAUUCUUGUGCUCAGGAGGACAGAAACAAGCGGCCUAGAAUGGCUUCUGUUGUUGAAACUCUACUUCAAGCUGCAUCCGGCAAUAGCGUCCGCGAGUGUUCCGGAUUGUAGUGAUACCAUUUCCUCCACAAAUAUCUCAAGUUCGAUCCAAACAUAUUUUGCCAUUGAAGACUUCACGAUAUUUUGUCAUAGCAUGGCAUAAAUUUAGAUACAAUUGAACAUGAAAACUACAGAAUUAGAAACUAGUAUCAAGUAAAAAGCCGUAACUCCACAGCUCUAGCAUUGUGAAAUGAAUGGACAGCUUUCACGCGGAGCGGAAGCUUGCUUCCUGAUCCUCUCCAAGCAUAUUAUCCUACUUACUUACAACACGUGUGUAUAUUAUUAAUAAAGAUGUACUAGUUGAUAGACUGAUUGUAUAUAGCAAACCAUUGCUUGCAAUAAAAGUCCAAAAUCUUUCUUACAGCUUGAGUGCCUGUUAGAUUUUGAGAAUUUUCUUCGUGAAUGAUUUCAGAUUUGUUUAUUGUGUUUGUUGUGA